AUGGCUCCCAAGGUUCUAGUCGUGCUCACCAGCCAUGAUCGUAUUGACCGGCUCGACAAGCCCACGGGCUGGUUUCUGCCCGAGCUGGCCCACCCCUACGACGUCCUCAGCCCCAAGACGGAGAUCGUCGUCGCCUCGCCCAAGGGCGGCGUCGCCCCGCUCGACCCCGGCUCCGUGGAGAUGUUUGCCAACGACAGGUCGUCGGCCGACUUCCUCAAGAAGCACAAGGAUGUGUGGGAGAAGACGACGCCGCUGAAGCAGUUCCUCGGCCGGGCGUCCGAGUUUGCCGCCCUCUUCUACCCGGGCGGCCACGGCCCCAUGUACGACCUGGUCAACGACAAGGACUCGCUGCAGCUCAUCGAGGAGUUUUACAAGGCCGGCAAGCCCGUCGCCGCCGUGUGCCACGGGCCCAUUGUCUUUUACAAGGCCAAGAUUGACGGCAAGCCGCUCGUCGAGGGCCGCCGCGUCACCGGUUUCACCAACCGUGAGGAAAAGGACGUCAAGCUCGACGACGCCAUGCCGCUGCUGCUCGAGACGUCGCUGCUUGAAGUUGGCGCCGAUUUCCAGAUGGCGCCGUCGCCCUGGGGCGAGAUGAUUGUUGUCGAUGGCCAGAUCAUUACCGGCCAAAACCCUGCCUCGGCCAAGGGGGUCGGCGAGGCCAUUGCAAGGGCCAUUGGCGUCUGA